CGGUCUCCCAUAUACACUUCCUCAUAGCGACGAGGUGGACGAACUCGGUCCAGACACAUGUCAGUGUUUUGCGAUUUGUUUGAUUUCUACUAAAAUGGAGUAAGAUAUCAGAGAUUCAUCUAAAAAUGGAAGAAGAAAACCCAUAACCUCUGAACUUGACAAGAAAGACCUUACUAAUUGAACCGUGAAAUCAUGACCUGAUUUUGGAGAUUCUUUUUUCAGUGCUCCUCACACAGAGCACACACCAUGGUCACCGUCCAAGGACUCACCCCCAAGGCCAAGCACCUGGAGUACCUGUCAUUCCUGUCCACCCUGAUUAUGGUGGUCGCCCUGGGGCUGGGGCUGUACACACAGUGGCAGGUGACUGAGAACUCGGCCAUCCUCGUCAUCUCAUUGGUCGGUCUGCUGGUAUUUGGUCUGGCCUGUGCCCUGCAGUUCUACUUCCACUACCCCUAUGUGGGGCGCGCGUUGUUCCACAUCUGGCUGGGAUGCAUUCUGGGAAUUAUCGUUUUCUCCGAGGAGAAGGAGAUCCAGUACAUGAUGCCGCAGGAAGUGAUGAAUAUUCUUUUUAUAACCUCGCUGUGCGUUCACUGUUUCUGGACCGUUCUACAGCGUGCAUUACGGCUGUAUGAACACCGUCCAUCGCUUUACUCACAGACUGAGGUUCUUGAGGGGACGGGGCUUAUUAUCUCCACCCUGAUCACCGGGAAUGACGCGGUCGCUAUCUCCCUGAUGGUGUGUGCCGUGUUCUGUAAUCUAGUGGCCAUUCGACUCAAGUCUUACCUUGGUCUGUUAAACUUCGUCGGACUCCUGUGUCUAGCUGUGUUUGUGUUUUACAAGGAUUUGAGUAUUUCAGUGAAUCUGUUUGGAUUGGCUUGCUUCAUUGGGAGGCAUUCCUUCGAACCUGUCAUUGAUUUAUACUUCUCAGGGUUGUCCACAUUGGAAAGAUGGGAAUCGUUCUUCCGAGUGUCAAAGUUUUGGAGACAUGUAACAAUCUUUUUUAUAUUCAUACUCAAUUUAUUAACAGGAGGAAUUGUUGGUCGAUUGUCGGCCAAUCACAAAGAGUGGUUCAUUGUUGUGCCACUGUUUGUUGUAUUUGCUGUCCUCUGGCUGAGCUUUCAUUUUCUGUCCUUUGUCACAUGUUGGAAACUGAUGAACAGAAUCACCGAGUGUAACUUAACAUUUGCAAGUCUUCCUGAUGACAACAAAAACAUGAAUCAAAUCAUGGCCUCCAAAGGUGUUCGACAUUUCAGCUUGAUCUCGCAGCGAUUAAUCUGUAUCACCGUGGUAACGACAGUAACUCUGAUGGGGAUAGGAUGGACCACAAGGACGGCAUACAGCUUGAGCCUCAUUUCCAUUCUGCUGCCCAUUGAGUGCCUGACCCUCAGUCUUUUCUGGGAGCUGGGGGCCUCUUUAGGGGGCACUGUUACAGGGUAUGCCAUCAUCGCCCCAAACACUGGCCAGAGUAGAAGGAACACUGGUGCUACCCUUCUUUCUGGUGCCCUGGUCCAGGAUAUCGGUUCUAGAGCCACUUCCUCUCUGAACAAGAUGAAUCAGUUCUUUUCUUAUCACAUGAUUGACAGCUACGGAUGUGACUAUUCGACCAGUGGGAUAUCUCCAGACAACAUAGAAACAAAAAUCAAGGCCUUCUUUGACCGCCGCACCAGUGAUGGUCCAAAGUUUGAUACCUAUGUCUUGUAUUUCUCAGGGGACACGUAUGAUACUGGGGACUGGGCCUUAACAGAUGGACAGUCCCUAAGCUUUCAAACUCUGCUUGACUGGUGGUCUAGCAGGAACAUGGAUACUGGUUCCCGCCUCAUACUGGUCCUGGAUACGAACCACUCUUAUCUGUGGGUGUCCCCGAUCAGGAGAGUGUACGACGAGUACGUCGCCCUACAGACAUGUAAAUACGUCAAGGCGUCGGACCCAGAAUCCUCCGAUGUUGCACGAGUCGGAAGUUUCACCAAGGAUUUUGUUGACUACAAUCAGGGGGAGGAAUUAGAGCAGAACUGGAACGACAAGAAGCGAAGUGUGACUGCGCUGUAUCAGGUGUCACGGUGCUGGACGGACUUCACAUUCCACCUCCCCACCCCCGGGGAAAUCACUGACCACUGGGACAGUAGCUUUCCCCGCCUACUCAAACCGUUGCUGAAGGCGGUGAACUUUGGAGGGGUAGGGAACCCUUGUUGUUGUGUGGGGUGUGUCAUGCGAUGUCUGAAGAGGAAGAAGAUGAAAUGGCUGCCCCCUAAGGAACUCAACACAGGGCACAGCUUUAAGUUAGUGCGUUCGUAGCUGUAAGGUAGCCCUUUACCUUUGAGAGGGGUAGUGGACAACAUCAGAUAAGAAAUUUUAAAAAAGAGGGCUUCAUUUUUGCAGCUGGUCCUUUCCCAGAGAAAAAGAAUGUACAUUAUUGCUGUCUCUGAAAGAACUCAACACUGGGUAAAGCUCGAAGUUAGUGUGUUCCUGGGUGAAGAAAGUGUAAUUGCUGUCUUUUCAAGGACUGAACACUUGGCAUAGCUUCAACUCAAUUUAGUACAUUCCUAGAGUAAGUGAAUGAAAUGGCUGUUCCUUAACAGAACUCAACAUGAGCCACAAGUUCAAAUUAGUGCAGACUUGGAGGUUUUAUUUCAGUGAGGGAGAUAUUAUUUAUUGGUCGGGUGGACCCUAAACCAGCACAAUCUUCUCGGUCAGGCAUAUUCUUGUUUGACUGUUAUAGUUGCAAUCAUUUGGUGAAAUAUGAACUUUGAUGUGUUUUACAUUAUUUUUAAUUAUAUCUUUAAAUAAUUUUAUUGUUUAUUUUCCUCUUAUGUUCUGUAUUUAAGGACGGCAUUGUGAGAUUUUAAUUCUGCAAUAAACAGGGGUACUACU